UCACAACCCAAGGGUGGCUCGUUGACGCCAGCAAAUUUCCAGCGCGUGAAAGGAAAUCAGAAUUGGCGAAAUCGGCCAGAUAGUACAGUUGGCAUCGGGGACAAUAGUUUGCGCUCUAGCCGCUCGUUCUCGCUUGAUCAUCAAGUUCUUUCUCCAUUCAUAGCCCGAAAGGGGAUAUUAAUUGCUUGAUACUUGUCUCAAGAUGUCGUCUGGAUUUGUGUCCGCGGGGACCGACCAAGAACCAGUCGAGCGCGAUGACGAUUGGCACCGCGUGCAGCAAGAGCUCGAGGAGGAACGCCGGCGCAAAGCGGAGCUAGGCAAGCAAGAUGGCGGAAAGAGCUUGUUUGAAGUGCUGCAGCAAAACAAAAUGGCCAAGCAAGAAGCUUUCGAAGAGAAAAUAAAGCUGAAGAAUCAGUUCCGGUCGCUGGACGAAGACGAGGUCGAAUUCCUGGAUUCGAUACUGGAAUCGACGCGAGCGAAGGAGGCCGCUGUGAAGAGGGAAACUGCCGAAGGACUGGAGCUGUUCCGUCGCCAGCGGGAGGAAGCGGAAAAGACCCUGCUUGAAGAUACAUCUGCAGACGUCGUGCCGGCGGCGGAGGGAGAGGACUGGAAAAUACCUGCGCGGAAGAGACGACGCGAGAAGAGCAAGGACCUUCUUGUCCCUGGAAAGAAACGCAAGUCAUUGAGUGGCGACUCUGCCGUAAGCCCGACAGGCGAACAGGGACCUCAAACUCCUACUAAAGAGAAAGAGUCCCCUCCCGCAGAGAAAGCCCUUCCAACUGUUCCAGCUGUUCAUCGAAGCACCGAAAGGGAAAAGGUAUCGGGCGUCCCCGAGAGCAGUGCCAAAUGUGCACAACCCGCGCAAAAGAGCACGAACACGGAUCAAGAGACUCAGAAGCCAGCCGCAAAACCAUUGUCCCUUGGUCUGGCUGGCUAUAGUUCUGACUCGGAAUAAACCCUGAAAGUUGCUGGGAGGUCCAAUGAAGCCGUUUCGGUAGCCUGAACGACAGGAACUACCCGAAUCAUUUUGUGAUGCCAGUCACAGCUUGCUUGCCUUUUGCGUUGCAACUUAUACCCACAGGAAUGCAGAUAAUGUUCUGUACAACAGCAUCCAUAGGAGUUCAAAUCAGCAGGAUUCGGAAUGAUUUAAUGAUAUCUCAGGAUACAGCGUCCGGAAUAAGACAUGUUUGGCGCGAUUGAAGGCGGUCCACUCUGCGUGUGGUGUGUUUUGAGCCGGACUUAUUCAAACAGUGACUACCUACCCAAGCCACUAUGUGGAAAGGGCAAUGGUGGACUCUGAAAGCAUGGCCUCCAACUGGAAGGAUAGAUUUAAUGUUAAGAGCAGUCGGCACUUCGACAAUGCCUUGCCAUUGCAGUACAGCCAAGUGACCGUCUCGAAAAGUACAGGGAUCUAGAUAGCUC